AUGCGCUUGCUUGCUCUUUCGGCUUCGGCCGCUGUCGGUGCGUCAGCGGAGACGCCGAUCCAGAAAGUGGUCAACCUCCUCCAGCAAAUGGCACAGAACCUAGAGGGGGAGAAGACAAAAGACGGAGAAUUGUACUACUAGACAAUAAAUAGUGCGAUCCCCUAGCAGUAGCAACUACACGUACACCUACUUGUGGCACUUUUGCCGGGAAGCUGCGGCUGGAAGAAACAUAUAUAGCUUUCUCUAUGUGUCUGUGAAGUGUUUGCUUUCUCUGCGCCCACCGCUGCUGGUGCGUCGAACUAAUCGAAAAAUUUGUCAUGUAAUGUAAUGUCAAUAGAGAAUAUCUUGGUCGGGGACGCUGGUGGCGGCGCUCAAUCACGGUGCGAAAUCCACAAUGUGCGGAAGAAAAUAAGCGCAUACUCUAGGAAGAGGAGACUGAAAAUCAAUUCUUUGAAGUGUGCGCUUAUUUGCUUUCACACACACCUCACGUUGUUGCCCUCGACUGCUUAUGCUUUUCCCGCUCGUGCCGAAUAAUUAUAGAGAUUUGAUUCUAGUAAUUUUUCUUCUUUACGACCAUCCUGACUACAAUUUUCAUUCUUGCGCUGCAAGUAUCUGCUUUACUUUUGACCGUUGCUUCAAAUAUAAUCGUAAAUUGAAAUGUUCGUGGAAUCAUAGGAAGGAUGCCUUGAUUAUUGAUCUGUGAAUGCGCAUAAUUGUUUUUGUUUGUCCCUGCACGUAGGCAUCCACUUCGUGAGCUGGCUAAUCUUGAUGCAUCUUAGCGUUUAAUUUAUUAGGCUCGAGAUACUACUUAAUUAACUCUAACUUACUAACAAACUAAUGCGCACACCUACAAUCUAGUUCUUUCCAUCAUUCUCCUUAUACGAGAAACGCAGCUAGAAAUAUUGAUGUUGUAUUUGCGUAACCAGGACAUACAUUAUAUAUACGAUUCUUGUGUAGAACUACUAGAAGCAUAAGAUGACGAAAAUAGUCUGACCAUUGAAAGCCGUGGCUUCAUCCGUUGGUAGAGUUGCUAUCGUCCACGUACUUUGUUCUAGAGCAUUUCCUGUCAUAUGGCCCCGUAAAAGUUAUUAGUAAUUUUUUUGAUCUUGGGUCAUUGGCACAACCGUCUUUACAUACAUCUUACUGACGAAUGCUUCUAGGUAUUCCGAUCUCCAGUGUUGGUGCAAAACGAAUACAAAGGACAAAACAAAAGCUAUUGCUGAAGGAAAAGCUGCUGCGAAAGCGCUGGAAGGCGAGAUAUAUGAGCAUGCUGGAAAAGUAGGGGAAUAUGAAAGUUAUGAUGGUCUCAGAUACAACUACUACUACAUGCUUGUAGAUGAUAGUCUGUCGAGACAUCCAGAAAUGUUUUUCUUUCUUAUGGAUGCAGCAAGAGGGCGGGUAUCCCUCUCGUCCAGAAUAGGACCAUCGAGCGGAUGAGAGCACUUCCAUUCCUCUUGAUCAGAAGUGAGUCUGCCUGGAUAGCGUGGGAUUUCGUUGGGCUUCUUUUCAGUGGUCAUAAAAUAGUUCGAGCGUCUAAGAAGUCAAUGCGAAGAACGCAAAGAAAAAGGUAGCCAAGUUGGAGCAGACGCUCGCAGAGUCAGAAGAGCAAUGCGAAGCAUCAAUGAAGGAUAUGAGACAAGAGGAGGCCGAACUGGGCUCAACAGUCGCGGCACUGGACAACGCAUUGAAAAUCCUAGUUAUGGAUUGAUCACUUCUACCUUAAAUCGAUAGGGGCUGGUUGUGUUGUUGUGUUGUGCGCCCGCAUAAGUGCAAGAGACAGAGGGUUCUACUUACUUCUACAAAGAUUUUUGUCGUUUUGUGGGGCAGCACUGUUGCCGUCUUUUAGAUUUUUUAGAAUCUUUAGAGAUUUUUUAGAUUUUCUCUGUCUCGUCAGAAGAGAGAAUGAUCGAGUCUAGUUGUACAUUCUUUAGAGUCAGAUAUUACGGUAGUACGUCGACGAUUUCCCAUAUCUUGCCGGAGGUUGACAACACGACAAUUUCUCUAAUCUGAGAAAGCACCAAUCGCUUUUGCAGUCCAACCCGGAAGUGGUAUCUGCACUACAAACGACUUUGCAUGUUGCAUCGGAGAAAGCACGGAUUAUGUACGGAAAGCGCUACAGCUUGGGAGGGAAGAGCUUCCUGCAAGCCGGCACUGGAGCCGAAGCACAGCUUGGCAGGGCACUGAGCGGUUGGAAUCUAAAAGAUCUUGUUGGACAUUUUGUAGCUUUUCCAUCCUUUAUUCGUGGGAUGUUUAGAUUUUUUAGACUUCUUGGGAUUUGGAAGAGUGCUGGGAUCUAAGGAAUAUCUAAAUAAUCUAAAGAAUCUAAAUUUCUCGAUAUGAUAGCAAAAAAUCGAAAAUAAUACCUAGAAGUAACACUCUCAUUCUUAGGUUCUUUCCGACCUGUCUUGGACGAAGCAUCUGCGUCGUCCGUUCUCGGCGCUUUCGUGCAGAAGGCUGGUCACUUAGGCAAGUACCAGAGCGGCAGCGGUCAAGUUUUCGGUAUUCUGAACUCGAUGAAAGACGAAUUCUCCGCUGAUCUCGCGGAGCUCCAGAAGAAGAUCGAAACCGAAGCCAAGGCAUGCAAAGAACUGAAGUUAUGUGAGUUUUAGGAAAAACGCUGUACGGGAGGACCCUUUUGAAUUUCGGGGAAUAGAAGGAGAAUUAUCGAUUUUCUAAAUUCUUCAAUGACGUUCCAGUACGCGCUUCUUCCCUGAUUUAUGAAAUAAUUACCGGCAAGGGCAACUACGAUCAUCAGGAGAUGCUACAUAGUAUGACGAAUGAUCGCUAAAACAUGUCGUGCAGCUCUAACAAACGUCUCCACAACCGCUCAACUGGAUGCAGCAAGGAAGAACUUUGAGGAAUUCACUGCGUUAGCUGGCAAGGCGAAAUUCCUGGGAACUGAAGGCAAGGAAGAAUUGAAGAAGAUUCGCGCACAAGUUGACGCAGAUACAACAGUCUUGUUGUUAAGGCACUUAAACAAAACUAUACUGCGUGCGCGCGGUAUCUUAAUGUCGUGUAUCACGAUCCGAGUUGUCGUCCAAUGAGACGUGAAAUUCAAGAGGAUUAUAGUACGACCUCCUACGAGUACGACGACUUUGUACUAGAAUUAUUCGUUGCUUAUGGUAGUCUGCACCGAUCAUUGUGCGAGAUUCAUCGUGUUGUAUGUGCAUGUGCUGAACAAAUUAUUGACACUUCUCUAAUUCUGGAGGUGAAAGAUCAGUGCACGAAUAUUGACGUCGACAUGAAGCUGCGGUCGGAAGCGCGUGACGCAGAAAUUGAAGCCGUCGGAAAAGCAGUGGAGAUCCUGACCUCGGAUGAAACACGUGCAGCGCUUCAGCCCUCUGCCUUUGGUUUUGUUCAAACGAGAUCUAGCAUCUCGUCGUCAUCUCACGAAGCAAAACGUGGAAAAGCGUUCAAGGUGUUUGGUCUUUGAUUGAUACGCUGUUUGUUGAUGCAGACGGCCAAAUAGAUUCACAUCAUCAUGCUGUUUGAUGAUGCAACCAUUCUCAACAUUGAAUAUUAUGUUUCUGAAUUGUUCAUUUUCAAUUUCUACUAUAGAUUUCACCAGCAGUAGUUUUGUUCCUCAAGUAGGUGCAAUCCCGUAUCCCUCCACCUAAACGCAGGUUCUGCAACACGCCUUGGAUUCCUUGCCUUCAUGGGAUGAGCUGAGUAUGGAUUUGCAAAGCGCGAAGAUCCAGUCCCAGAUGGACACGCAGAAGGCAAAGUUGGCACUCAUCGCGCAGUCCGUCCGUUUAGAUGCCUUUACAAAGUUAUGAGUGACAACUCAUUCGCUAGUUCCAAAGUGGUGGGAUGAGUAAGAGAAAUUUUUGUAUUUGAAGUGUGUGGAUGUUAACCUCAACUUUAUUCAGAUUAACGAGGAAAUCGAUUCUGCGCCUCCUCUCGAUGAAGUUCUAAUCACAGUAAAGGAGAUGAUUGACAAUUUGGUUGCGGAUAUCAAAGCGCAAAUGGCUCUUGAUGUGAAGACAAAGGACGAGUGCAGCGUCAACAUUCAAACCAACGAAAAAGAGACUGUGGCAGCAAAGCGCGAUCAACAACUUGGCGAGGAAAAGAUUGCCUCCCUCGUCGAGCAGAUUGCAAAGGUACUGGACUAGUUAGAGGUACUAGAUGGCGCUAGACCAUUAGCUAUGGCUAGAUGUUGUCAACAACAUAAUUUGGAUAUAAUUAUGUUCAAUACAUAUUGGGGAAUGAAAAACUCGUUCAGUUACAAUUCAUGCUAGCAGCUUGACCUUCCAAUCCAAUUCUGUUGAACCACAACCACUUUUUUGCCAGAUCCAGACCGACGUUGUGGCGGAGAAGGAGUCUGUCGCGGAUACCCUGAAAGACAUGAAGAAGGCAGAGACAGAACGUGAAGCCGGCAAUGCGGAAUUCCAGAUAACCGUGAAUGAACAGAGGGCCAUGCAGAAAGUAUUGGCAAAGGCACUGAAGGUUCUGAAGGACCACUACACGGCACUUUAUGACCAUGAUUAAUGUACGGUAAUUUAAUUGAACUUUGCAUGAACAGGAGGCAGGAAAUGCGAGCCGAGGACGGACAGUCCUUGAGAAGGACAAAGGCGAAUACUUCUAAUGCCCCGUACAGACAUCGCAGACUCCGAUGCCAGGAUCUCUCAAGGGUUACAAAGCGCAGGACGCUUCCUCUGGUGUGCUUGCGAUGAUGGAUAAGAUCAUGGGCGACUCGAAAGCUUUGGAGCUCGAUAUUACGGAGUUUGUACAGCAAAAUAAGGACCUUGAUUAGUCGAAGCCUGUUGGAGGGUGUAUCCAUUCACUAGCUGCAUGCAUAUGCAUUGCUGUUGAUUCGUGCAGGAAAGUGUUUCACUUGUUCGAAACCGAUUUCUUUGUUCGUCAUAUCGCAUCGAACCGCUCUAACAAAAGCAUCAAGACCGAGAAACAAGCGCAGCUGGACUAUGAAAAGUACAUCGCUGACUCGAACGCAGCCUUGGACGCAAGCUACGCCACAAUUGCCUCUCUCGGAGAAGAAAGGGCAGAUAAAGUAGUUGUUCUUUUUGGCGAGUGAAUGAUUGGAGUUGAACAACAGUUGUAGUUCCUCAAUAAAGAGAUGGAUUUAGCUUGAGAUUGAUGAUUUGGAAAAAACAACAGUAUCCAUUAUGUUGAGACUAACAUGAUGAUGAUGAGAUGUGAUGAACAAUUAAGUAUAACAUCGAGAAAGAUUAUAUUAUUUACUCAUAGUACUUACUCAUACUUACGAAUUGUCACGGCAUAUUUCUUUGAUAACCCUUCUUCACCAUCUUCCUCAGGUAGAGGAGAAGGCGAACACUGAGAAGGAGGUCGCGGACAAGAAAGCGGAAAUUGAGGGUUUAUCCAAAGUGAAUACGUCGCUGCACAAUGAUUGCGACUUCCUCCUGAAGUUUUUUGGACAACGCCAGGAAGCUAUGGCGAACGAAAUCGAGGCUGCACAGAAGGCCAAGGCCAUCCUCAGUGGGGCCAAAUGAUUUGCUGAGAAGUUUAGAUUUGUUGUUCAAUGAGGUUGAGGUGGUCACCUACGAGAUCAGACUUAUCAUUAUUACAGUUUUGCAUACUAUAACGCGGACACGAAAUUGAGGCUACCAUCGUGUAAACGCUUAACAUAACGUCAAAAGAGGAAUCCCUUGGCCAUAUGUUAUACAGAUUGGAUUUACCAUCAGUUUUUUUGUCGUGAUGCAUGAGUGACCGGUUGAAUCAUCAACAAGUGACGUCGAAAUUAGAGUACGUGUCAAGGUGGCUUCUAUUUUGUUUAGUUGUAAGAGUCUCACAUAGAAAUCGUGUAAGCGUUGCCCUCCUCAAAAUGUAUCUAUGCGUAAAACACAGAUUCAUGGUCCGCUGUCACAAAAAUGCAUGUGCAUCUACUUUUUGUAGAAGAAGUGAAUGGUGACAAGAGUAUUGACACAUAAAGAUUUUCAUGGUGAUUGGCGAUAUUGGUAUCCACUUUCAUUCUUGUACUCAAGUUUUUUCCCUUCAAUCGGACACAAGCAACCUCUAUUUUUUACUCAAGUCAACAAGCAACAACAAGCUAUUUUUUACUCAAGUCAACAACCGUGCUGGAGGUGUUGAACGAUUCCUCUCACAAGAUAGAUUCAGAAUUGUCACAUGAGUACAGAUGAAAGAAACACGCUAAGAAAGCAGGGAAGAGAACAGGCACUCUGGGGAUCCGCACAGAAGAUUUGUUUGCGUGCAUUACAUUGGUAUCAUCGUUCACCGUGUGA